AUGAUGUCAAGAGAUAUUUCAAGAGAUGUCAUCAGAGGACUCACCAUUCUCGAGAUGAACCACACCGAGUUCUCGAGCUCACCCAUAUUCGACCAUGCCUCUUAUCAAGACAAGAAGCUUAACUACGCAGACACAAUUUUUCCAUGUUUCUCGUUUUUGACCGGGUUCUCCGGCAGACCAGUGCCUUUCGUAAAGAAUUUGCAGACGAUUGGGCUGGGGUUAUGUUUCAAUGCCCUCCCAAUCCUCGUGAACGGUGGCAGGCUGAGACUACCAGGCGUGUUGCAAAGACACGGUUUGGCCUCAAUUAUAUUGAGUGCUAGUCCUGAAAAGGGUUAUAUAUUUCCAGUUCUGAGUACAGCUACCUGGUUUGCGAUUUCUGUGUUUCUGGCAGCUGAUCCCAAGGAUCCAUUCACAAAGCCGGAGGAUACCGCCCAACAGCGCAUUGACAAACCUAUUUUCAAGGAUAGGAUCUACAGCUCUUCUUAUGAUCCCGAGGGCCUGCUAGGUGCAUUGAUGACAGCAGUCACGAUUUGGUCGGGAACUUGGUUCUCUCGGCAGGGGUUUUCGCUGAUUGAGGCUCUGGCCUGUGGUAGUGCUUUACUAGCUACUGGUAAACUGCUGUCUCUGGCGUCUCCCAAGUUUCUGCCUGUCUCAAAACCUCUGUGGUCUCCUACAUUUACAUUGAUGACCUCAGGUUAUAGUAUCUGCAAGUGUGCCCUGGUGAAAGCGAGUAUUCCUUAUCUCCCGGUGUCUCUUCUUCGUGCAUUGGGAACGGUUGGAAAAAAGUCUAUGGAGGUAUACUUCUUCGGCGAAAUUCUGGACAUUGCAUUGAAAUACGGCGGUUCCAAGUCUAUCUGGGUUAAGGCUAAGUCUUGGUUAGAGUCCCGCGUCGGAAGCACUAUUUCUGAGAUUAUUAUGAUUCUUAGUAGCGAUGUUGCGCUGGCCGCAUUCGCUUUCGCAUGCUCGCGUUAUGAUUGGAGUAUCCGUCUGCUCUAA